CUCUCUUUUGCUUGUUGGUUGUAGGAGCUUUUGAGCUUUUCAGAGGUUUACAAGCUUUGGAAAGCUAGCUUAAAUAGAAAAGUUCAGUUUUAAUGGAGCAAAAGAGUGAAAUCUAACUUGCAUAUGACGAGAUCAUAAUGGGAGUAAGCAAUGGAUUAACUCUGCUAGAAGGAGAAACAACUAAAGCCGCCCAAGGAAAAGCUUCAUUCAGUGACCACAGACAGUUGGCUCAUUACUUAUCUCUGCUCUGCUUCCUGCUCACCAUCGUGACUCUGCUGCAGACUCUCUGCUUGGUUCAGAUUAUGUUGACUUCUCAGUCUCAGUCAUCUCUGCAAGAAAAUAAACUGCAAGAACUGACAAACCGUCUGGAGAAGCUGAACCAGUCCCAUCACCUCCUGUUCGCCCAGUAUCCUGCUCUGAACCAGUACUGUCCCAUCAACAACUCUUCCACUGGUGAGAGAAAGUGCAGGCCAUGUUUGACUGACUGGACACUUCAAGGAGAGAAAUGUUUCUACUUCAGUGAGGAUAGAGCUGACUGGAUCAGUAGUCAGUACCUCUGCAUGUCACUGGGGGGCGCUCUGGCUACAAUCAAGACAGAGGAGGAGCAGGAGUUUCUAUUCAAAAUGGCCCAGAGCCGGAGCCAGGGAGACUCAUACUGGCUCGGUCUGAGGAGCAGCGCUGUGGACGGGACCUGGCAGUGGAGUGACGGCACCCCGCUGCAGAACGGACCACAGUUUUGGGAACAUGAGCCAGACGUCACAGGAGAGAGGAAGGAGCUCUGCGGUCGACUCACACCAGGAGACAACUACCGGAAGAGCUGGUUCAGCUCCAGCUGUUCUGGUCAGCUGAGGAGGAUCUGUGAACGCAGACAAGCUUCUCUACAGUGACCAAACUCAACGGCUUUUUUUAUUUUUAUUUUUAAAUAUACCUCCUAAAUCUUUUCUCUUGUAUGUUAAGGUGGUUUAACAUAGAAAAGAAUAUAUUAAGGAUCAGUCAUAUUUUCCAACAUUUUCUGUCACUGUAUAAAGACGUAGAAAAUCCCUAGAAAUUAGAAGCAAAUAUUAGGAUUGUGUUAACAGGACUAAUUAGAGAACAGUGACUUUUAUUCAAAGAUGUUUUUUGUUACUCACUCAUUUUGUGCACUUGUUUAAAUCCUACUUAUUCUUUCUACUUUUAUUUUUUUUUUAAU